CUUGUUGCAAUUCAAUCAAAACAUUGGUAUUUUUUAUUAUACUUUCAACAUUAUAAUAGAAGAAAGUCUCUCUAUUGUUAAUUCUUUACUUCUUGCCUUAAUUGUGAUCAAAUGUUCUGCUAAAUUGAAACUGAAACAAGUGAUAUACCGGCAUUGAUCAACUUCUAUAUUUGUCCCUAAUAAAUAGCUUAUACCUCAUAAAGUCCAUAGAAACUUUUGGAAUAUGGUUGAAAACAUAUAUUCCGAUCAUUCUAAGAUAUCAAUAUUGAACAGAUAUAUUUCAUCAAGCUUCGAUUAUUGCUUUUCUAUUUACACUAGGUAGUACCAACUAUUAAUGUCACCAAUGUCUACUAAUUGUAUGUAGUUCCCUGAGAUAAAAGAUCAGAAAAUUAGAUCAGAAAGCUUUAUUUGAACUAUUUUAUAUAUUUGCAAUAAUUUGCAAGUCUCCAAAUACUUAUCCACUAUAAUGUACGUUAUUGAACACAUCUCAAAUCAAAUAUAUACAUGUAAGUCUAUAUAUGUAUAUAAAAAUGGUAAGAACUUUUGUUCUAAUCUAAUAAUUGAAGAGUAAUUCGAAGCCAUUACUAGUCGGUAUGUUAACGGUGGGUGGAGUGGGAUCUGGGAUCGAGUGGAUACGCGUGGGGACUCGCGAAGCGGCGUCGGGUGGGCUGCACGCGAAGAGGCGGAGGACGCGGGCGGCAGACCUCUGAGAGCAGAGAUCCUCGUGACGGUGCCGUGGUCGUCAGCGUUCUAUCGCGGGAAUUUCAACCCGUGUGACGAACACCUGCUGCAUCUCUACCUCGAGAAACGCUUCCUAUCUGAAGUUCAAUCCCGCGGACGAGUGAAGUUCUUUUAGAAAUAAAAACUAAAAAGGGUGAAAUUGGUGGAUCAAGGAUACCUUUGUUCAAGUUGUCGAAGAAGAAGUACGCGAGAAGAGAUGUCCGCCGUCGAGAGCGCCUUGGACGUCCUCUCCAGGGCGGCUACCAUGGUGCAAGCCUGGGUCAUACUUGUAAGAGCCAAUGGUCCUGAUUUCUGGCCGACGACCAGUCGAAUUCGUCGAUAGAUCGCGUCACGCCGCUUUCUUCGAGUUCUCCUCGAGGCUACCAGGACAUCAUGGAAGCCACUUUCUUCGGUGAGAAGAAGAUCCUCCCAUGGAAAGGAUAUUCCGCGUAUUCUAUUCUCUGAAACCGAUUUCGUAAAAGAAGAAACAAGGAGAGGAUUGUAAAAAGUGGCUUGAAAUCUGUGCAAUUUUUAUAACUUGAUGGGAACCAGUCGGUGGUUCACGAUAUUCUGCGCCUUUUCAAGCACUAUGGACCGUCUAUGAGAGAAUAAGAGAGGAGGAAUCAUUGAUUUAUGAUUAAUCUUGUUGGUAUUCAUGGUGGUUGCAAGUUGGGUUCAUGACACCUGAAGAUUUUUCGAAGCAUGGAGAUCUCGCCGAGGAGAAGGUGUUUCUGGCAGCCAUGGCUCACUACGGAGAACUUUCAAACGGUAUACAAACCCGGAGAAGAGAGGCCGAAGACGACGAAUCUCCACCGGAAACCGAGUAGCGCGUGGCGUAAGGAGCGUAGGAGGGAUCCUAUCCAAAGUGAAGCUCUGGACAUGUCCGCAGCCAGGGUCCAUCAUCAUCAUCAUCACAACAGGCCCAGCGUGAUUGUUCCUACCACACCGCAACCUGGAACAACUAUCGAGGACACGGCAGUGACGCCCACCCCAUCACUGACGCCGUCGGCGGCAGCAGGAGGCCAAAGAACCGGGGUCAGAACUGUGGGUGGUGUGAGUGACCCUGCAAUAGAGGAGCAUUUCAAGCGAUCUUUAGGCCUAGAAGAGUACGCUGCAGUUUUUAACGCCACCACUACUGACAAAGAAGCAGGCCUCAGUGUGGAUGAUCACUUUGCAAAGGCUCUUGGGGAAACCUGGACAAGGCUGCAGGCAACCAGCAGAAGCAAGGACUCGACCUAACUGCCGGACAGUUAACCAAAAGUCUUCAUCAUCGUUGCGUUAUUGCUGUUGCUUCUGUUUUCUUCAUUGUGACAUCCAGUGUGGUUCCAUUACCUGUUUAAUUAAUCCAUAAAUUAACGUGAAAUUGCUGUUAAUAUCCGUAGAAGAAACAGUGGGAGCAACCAAUGAACUCUGUAUUAAUAUUAUUAUAAUAUUAUUAUUAUUACCAUUAUUAUUGUUUGGUUCGCGUGGGAAGCAGAACGAAAGAGUACCUAAGUGUCCUUGAAAUGUCAUAGAUGCUCUUGGGUGCAAUCGACGGCGUACCGCGAUUUUUCUAACUUCUUGGGACAAUUGUACUCGAGAUACUGUAUAUAUAGACGCGUAUUCUUUUAAUCAUGCCAUCAUCGCGGCCUCAGAGGCCUCAAGUUAUUUAUUAUACGAUGUUCCAUACUGCCUCGCUAAAUACUAGAAGACUCGCUAGAUCCGUUCAUUCCUUUUAACUUCUUUUUGCUGCAGUAAGAAUCUGAAGAAAAGAAGGGAGAUUUUUAAGAAAAUUAACGAAGAUUAACCUUCUACAGUUCUAAUUACAUUCUAUGUGUAAUCGUGCCGAAUUUCUGAUACUUUAGUCUUUCGUUAUAAAUAUACGUUUUUCGUAAUGUCCAUUAGUAGUAUAAAUGGCACGAAGAGGAACGGUAUUUUCCUCUAAAAUUAAAAAGAUAAUACCGAAAAAGAAUAAAACGUCGAAUUCCGUUCGGUGUAGGAUCGUAUGGAGUUAAAACUACUGCAGCUGUUGGAAGAGAAAGUAUAAUGAACGGUGCGACUUGUACGUAAUUAAUUAUUCGCCUAAACGUAUUACGUGUACAUAUAUAUGUAUUUAGUAUAUAUGUAUGUAUGUUACAUAUAUUUUGCAAUACAUAUAUAUAUAUAUAUAUAUAUAUAUAAGUAAUGCGUAUGUUGUAAUUAUAGAAAACCGAGAGUCUUUAUAAAGAACGUAGAGGAUAAGCACGAAACCGUAUAAAUUGAACCGGUUGUUGCACAAACUUGUAACACGUGUUCAUCUCGUGUAACUAUAUAUAUAAUUAUAUAUAUAUACACACAUUGUAUCAAAGAGAAGAGAAAAAAGAAAACGAAAGAGGAUACAUAAGAAGUCGACUGAUGAUAUUUUUAAUACCAAUCUUGCUGCCGAAAACACGUAUCCUUCCUUCUCCAGUAGAUCCCUAGUGGUCGAUGGUGAAGAUUGCUAAGAAGAGUAGUACUGAUUUCAAAUGGUGCUAGGAGGUUUAUCAUAAACCCCAGCACGCACAGAAGUCAGUACCUCUAUCUUCUUAUUGUCUUCAGAUCCUCUUCUCUGCCAAUUUUCAGUGCUUUCAUUUAAAACUCGAUUGCUACAGCCCAUUCUUCUUAUUGCAGCUCCAGAGAUUUAUCUUUGGUAUAAAAUUGAGCUGAAUAUUAAGAUUCAAAUUGAAGCAUGGAAAAUACUAUCUGAAGAUCCUCGGAGUUGCGCACUUUCUCCAGAUAUCAAAAUUUAUGAAAACUUCGUACCCCCUUUUGACAAUGGAAGACCAAUUCGUAGCAAAGAAAAGAUCACUUCCCAGGGGAAAGAUUCAUAUAAACGCGUUCCUGCUCCAGUUCCAGCCACCUAGCCUCCAUGCAUACAAUAAUUUAACCAAGUAAAAAUCACUUUUAUCCAAAUCAUUAAAUACCAUCGAUCCACAAUUCCACUUCACAACGUAUUUCUUUCAGCUUCAGUAAAAAUUCCUGCUCUUUGAGAGUAACAGUUUCCUAGUUGAAAACAGAAUAAGUGAUGAAAGUCGAAGUUUGGUGACACUUUUUUCGGAACGAAACCACGAAGGAUGAUGGGCCGGGAAGAAGCGACGCUUUACGUGUCGUAGGUGGGCCCAGACCUAACCCAGACUGUCCCAAGAGCGCUCGGAUGGCUUCCUAUAUGCAGGCAGCCUGUUCACUUGCCGUAAAGCAAAAUGGUGCAAAUUGCGACCACCUAUGCACGCUUUGCCGUCCCUGUUUCUCCGUUUCCAGCCUGUACUCGCGUCUCUCUUCCUGUCAGCGAGCUCCUUACUGCCUGUCGUCCAAGAAGAUGACUCUCUUCAACCGACUACACUGAAUUAUAACGUCUAUUCAACUAAAUCUUCGUUACCGAGAUGUUCUUCAAUUCUCAGCAUAUAUAUUCUAUCGGAGAUUAGUAUGUCAAAAUUGAAAUUAGUGUGCCACGAUACAGAAAUGGGAUCAUGCUGAAGAUUCUUUCAAACCUAAGUGCGAAUUUUUUCACUUUAUGAUGCAUCGAUGGCUUUCCCAUUAAGAAAUUACGCUUUGUAAUCGUUCUAUUAACAACAUAUAAUGUUCGUGACACGGAAUUGCAGAAACUCGAUCUGGUUUUCCAGCGUUUUUUCAAAGUAACGCCGCCAUGAGCGCUCCCCGAAGUACGACGACCUUCGCUCUGCGAGGAACUAGGAUAAACCAGUGGUCUACGUUUCUCUUUGGACAUAUAGAGUAAGUUAAUCCGGCUGCGUAUCAUGUUUGCAGUCCCUUUAAACGAUACUGAUACGCCUUAGUCGCGAAAGUCGCAUGUUCCGGGCUCCAGACAGUUUCUUCAUCUCUUCACUUAGGAAUUCUAAUCGGGCAAGUUCUUCUCGAUAUAUUCAAAAUGUUAAAAGAAGUUCAAUGAAUGAACAACUGAAGAAUUUGUGAGUUUUAAACAUUGUAACACAACGUACUAGGCUUUACAAAGGACAAGAUGGUUACCCAACGACAUUAGGGAACAUGGUUUUCGGCAAUUUCGAAUUAGUCAGCCUCUAGGGGUGAAACGCAGCUGGAAAUAGGCCAAUAGACCACGGGCAGAUGCUCGACAAAGCUAUUUCCCCGUGCACGCAGGUGUUUCUACGACUGUCUACGAACUUCUACCCUCCCAUUGGACACAAAUGCAUCCCCUAGCGGUGACUUAGUGAUUCUACCCUUGCUAGAUGCUAUAAUUUCUCUCGUACAUCAUUCAGAAGGGGAGGUCGCUAGAUUAGUAUCGAAUUGGACACAUUCUAGAAUUUUGUUGCGUCUAUUUCACUACUUCCAUGAAAUUAGACUUAAUAUAUAAUAUAUAUAUAUUCUCAAUAUAUAAUAUUAUAUAUUACAAGCGAAUAUAUUUUCGUUAAAAGAUUGAUCAUGUUUUGAAAUGUUUAUGAUUAUAAAAAUCCAAAGCUUUUGCUAGGACAGAUGACAAAGGACAUUGUAUAUAUACAUUUCUGAAAGAAUACGUUCUGUUUUAGAAAAGAAGAGCGAAUCGGGUUCACGAGGAGAAUUCUUUGACGGUGGACCAACAGCCACCCCAUACAGAUGGUCUCCCCCGUAAAUAGUGGCUCUACCAUCGCGUUCCAACCGAGAUAUCGAUCCAAGUUCCUAUCUCACCCUCGAUCGAAUUGCGUUCCAAAAAUUUCUUUCAUACCAUUCCGUCUUCUAAUCGCUAUUCUUCAGGAUUAUUAACAUAAUAUAGCCGUAAUCUAACUUCCUUUGCGACAAGUGGCCACGUCGUACAGUUUUAUUUGCUCUUUUAGAGAUCGAUAGUAGAUCGACUAGCUUUUCUAUUCGGUUCGUGGCAUAUUACUGUUUGUUUAUUUUAAGUCCCAGGCGUAUCUUGUUUCGGAACCAGACCCAGCUGACCGCAGCCUGGCAUCGUUUUCUCGUUUUAUUCUCUUGCGUUACACGUCGACCUGGUAUCGGUGGCGUGAAUUAAGCGAGAAAAAUCGACGCCAUGAGGCGGAUGCGCGCAGCUUCCAGAACGAUCGGCCCGAUUUUUUGGAAUUAACCAAACGAUCAAGAUCCCCAAAUUGUCUGGCCUAUCGGAGCUAUCUGUUUUCGUACGAAUCUAACUUUUAAGAAAUUUAUGGAUAAAUUCUUGGAAGUUUCGUGCCUUUUCUAAACUAAUAUUUUAAGCUGCAGUUGCGAAAACCGUUUUGUGUACUAGAAAAGGAAAGAAUUUGGAGUGGUAGCUUUAACCGGAAAGGACCACUUUUUUUUAAAGUAAGAAUGAAAGGAUUCCUAUGGAUAUAGCAACAGGAACGUGACGAUAAUAGAAUUUUAGAUGCGUCUCGAUGCCUCACGUUGCUAGCCUCGCAUCGAAAUCCCCGAGCCACCCUCAACGCGAAAAAACGGUGCAGUUGCAUGCUCAGUUUAUAAUAAACCCUCCUAUAGGAAUAUGUGACAGAAUACUUGAUGUAAAAAGAAUUAAACACUUUUCGUGAUAUAAAUUAAAGUUGAAUGAAAGAAGGAGAGAUUCAUUUGCGAAAAGUAUGUAAUUGCAAUUCUAGCUAAGUACAGAUUCAUUUUUAAACAGUUCUAUAAUUUGGAAAUUUUGUUUGCAAUAAAAAAGAAGGUAAGAAGUUUUCAUGAAAAAAAAAAAUACAAAGGAAUUGUCAAAAAGUCACUUUUUCGUUAUCAUUGACCAAACGGAUCAAUGAUACAAUCAGAAAGUCUCCAUAGCACAGUUCAUAUAACGAUCCACAAAUUUUAACAACUCUGAAAUCCCUUUACCUGUCAUUAAAGCUGAUCAUAUCCUGCAGGAUGAUCUUACUCUCAGACGCCGUAGAAGAAAAGUGGAAGACAACUGAUCGGUCCUCUAUCAUAGCCAGUCACCACUGUAAACACCAGCACAUGCACUGAGGAGGUAUAUACAGUCCUCCGAAUAUCGAUAUCAGCCCUCAAAAUCGAAUGACGAACGCGGGAUCACCGGCGAUCGCGCACUGGACGUAGCUUGGACGUGUCGACGCCGACGCAUUCGACGAAAACCAUCACUAAAACCCCCGUGACGUGUGGAACUGCUAUAGAUCCUGGAAAUGAUCGAAAGGAGAAGCAACGGGCGUAAAAUUGACAAAUGGAAAUAAACAUGGUAAACGAGGAAGACACGCGAGAACGUCGACGAGGAGAGCCACGAAGGUUUGCAACGAGCAUGGGACUCUGGACACGACUGAUCGAGUGACCGAGGGGGUAGCAUUGUAAGAAUACCCCUCCUCGUGUGCUUGUAUAGAAUUACGUGUGUUGAUCGCACAUACAGCCUGAUACAGCUCUCUCCGUCCCCUUGGUUCGCGGCAAAAGGGAGCAUGAAGGGAGAAGAGUGGCUCUCCGUUCUCCCUUCCCCUCCGUUGCCUCUCCUACAGCCUUUCACCGUGUGUAUACCCACCCCUGCGUACCCCUGUCCCCCGGCCCCCUUCGAGGCGUCCUCUCUCGCGUGCGUGAAUCAUGCAUAUCGAUUUUCUUUCGUUAGUACGUCGUUCGGUAGUCGUUGCCCGGCUGUGUACGCCUCUGACGAUGCGUUUCCCCUCUUCUUUCGCGCGGAGAGAGCCCGGGGGCCGACCGCUGCUCUGGAACCCCUUCUGAAAAUGCGCUAGACGCACCACCGCCAAUUCUUUUCGCCACAAUGGAUAGAGGAGGUUCGUUUUCAGCGGCCUGGUGGCUGAACUAUGAUCUGGAUUAGAUUGGAGGUUCCGGGUUCAGGAGGUUGAGAAGCAUGGGAUUCUUUAGGGACGUUUAAAAGGAUCGUCAUUAGGAGAACUAUUAAGAAAUUCAAGGAAGGAAGUUGAUGAUGAAGAGGCUGAUGAAUGAAGAGAAAUUUGUAAGGACUAAAAUGGCCCGGUCUGGUCCGGCCCCCACCCCUUCUUCGGAAGCUGAAAGCCCUCAGAGAGACCCCCUCUUUUUGCACGGGCAAAAUGUCCCCGUAUGAGGCGAACAACGAUGUGAACGAUGAGACGAUGCUCUUGUACCCGGCCCCCUCUUUUUUUCCUAAUAUACUUCCCCUAGUCUCGCAGCAGCAGGCCUUCGAUAAUAAAGUUUCUUUGUUUUUGCUCA